AUGAGCUACAUCACUCGCCGGGCGCUUUCGACGCUCAUUCCGCCCAAGGUAGGACUAACUAAGGGCGACCCUCAGGCCAUCGGUGCCGCCCCUGAUGCGGUUCGCAUGCAGCGUGUUGUCAACUUCUACGAGAAGCUUCCCCGCGGCCCGGCCCCCGAGGUCAAGGCUACCGGCAUUCUCGGCAGAUAUCAGGCCAAGCACUUCGGCAAGAACCCGUCGGCGAAGCCCAUCAUUCACGCCAUCGGCCUCCUGCUCAUCGUCGGCUAUGCCCAGAACUACUAUUUCCACCUCCACUGCCGUGCGUGGUUGUGCUUUGAACAAGUUCUGAGGCCGAGCUUCCCUGUCGAGGCGUCAGAGGGCCUGUUCCGGGCGCUAAACCCAAAGCGGUCACCUUCCCAGCGUUUGGCUUCCGCCAGUGGUCGCCAACCACGCCCAGCCAGUCCCUGGCCGUCAAGCAGUGGUCAGUCGGCGAAAAGACGACCAGCCAGCCAGCAGCCGCAUCGCCUCUUUUGCAGCAGGGAGCAGAACAUUCCCUUCCAUCAACCUUCACUCUUCACCACCCACCCCCUCCGGCUCCCGAUAGCCCACCCGCACCUUCCUUCCGCCUCCCGCAAUACCGGUGGACGCAGCGAUCGGUCAAUCCCGUCGCACGCUCGACUACCGAACGAUCACGACAACCGUAGGAUGGCAACUGAGUCACCUAAGCAGCGAUCCGAUGAAGCUACUCUGACUUCUGCCCCCCAGCCCGUGAGCCGCGCGACCCCUGCUGCUGCUGCUGACCCGCCGGCGAUCAAGAUCGACACCGACUCGCAAAAUGUCGACCUCAACCGACCGCACGUAAACGGUAGCGAUGCCCCCGCUUCCGCUAGGGACGAGCUCGAGAACAAGCACAUCUCCGACAUUGUCGACGAUUUGGUGAACUCAACAGAAGUUAGCAUUAGUGGAGGAUCCGACACCGAAGCGGCCAAAUCCGAUGCUUCCAAGGGCAAGGACGACACCAAGGGCCACGGCCGUGCCGCUUCUGCCGUGAAGAAGCCCGCUUCCUUCAAGGCUGUCAAGGUCAACAAGACCUUCCUCAAUCCCAAGGGCUCUGCGCCCGGCGCCGAGUCCAAGGCCGGCGAGAAGGCACCGCCAGCAGCCGUUGCCGCUGCCGCACCGACCGCGCCCGUCACUACUACUACUCGGCCGAGGUUGGUUGCCAAAACUGCCGCCCCUCCGCCGGAACCAAAGAAAUACACCGAUGAAGAGCUAAAGAGCUAUGGGAUCCACAUGGCCUCCCGACUCCAGCCCGACGACACUAAAGGCCAGUCCAACUGGGCUGAUAUCGACGACGAUGACGAGGAUUGGGCUCCGGAGACAAUCACCUGGAAGGACGGCACCAAGAUCGCGCUCGCGCCUGCCGAGGAACAUCCGCCGCCGCCGGCGGCGGAACCCGUUGCUCGGCCCGCUUCCGCAGAGAAAGCCAGAUCGCCAGCGCCUAGCACCUCGCCAUCCGUCAAACCCGGCGGUCUUGCAUCGGGCAAGGGACUCGUAUUGAAGGGUGCCCCCGAGAAACCUACUUUAGUCGCGAAACCCCCGGCCCCCCCCGCCCCAGCCAAGUCCCCCUGGGCACCUCUCCCCAAAAUCGACAAGGUGUCGCCGCUCGCGGUCGACGCGCCGGCUCAGCCGGGAACGAGGUUCCCUGCAAGGGAUCAUCCGCAGCACGCGGCCAAUCCUCCGCCGCCUGUCAAGGAAAUUGCCGCGGACGACUUCAGUCGCACUCCUUGGCGCGAUGGCCCCUCGGGCGCCAACAGAGAGCUGUUCAACUCGCAGUCCGGUCGCUACGAACCGGUCCUCGACCGACGCGGUCCAGUGCGCGCGGAGCCUCAGCACGGCCGACAGAUGGCCCUCCUGCAACGGUCGUCGCACCACGAACAACAAGGCCCGGUCGAGCCACCGCCUGGCGCGUUCCACGCGGGCAGGAACAACGAGCAGCAGGUUCCGUAUGGCCGGAGGCGCGGAUCUUCCAAUGUUAGUGGCGGAAGCGGCAGCUGGCAACGACCCCGGAACCUCGAGCCUCCCCUCCCGCCUCCCGAGCUCAUCAACGCGCGACGAGCGUCCAUGACUGGAACAACCGACAGCCCGGUAUCUCCGAGAAAUUUCUCCCCGUCUGGCCUUCAGGGCGGACCGCAUCAUGGCCCGCCGUGGCAGCCCAGAGCUUCGCCCGCGACCGCCCAUGCGGCCCCUUACCACGCUGGUGCUCAGGCGUCCGACGGCCGAGGCGUAGCGCCCCAGAUGCAGCAGCCACAGCAGCCGCAACAGCCGCAACAGCCGUCAGUUCAUCUGGUUACCGAACAGGACUUCGAGCUACAAAAGAGGCUGAUGCGGGAACGCCGAGAGCUUGCCAUGAAACGCCGCCAGGAGGAGGAAGCGAGAGAAGAGGCGGCACGACGGGAGAGGAUCCGCUUGAAGCUCGAGGCAUUGGGCCCCGCGCCCGAGCCCAACAGCGCGAAGAAAGCGGCGGCAAAGGAACAGGCUCCCACUCCUACACAGAUUCAAGCGCGCGAGACUAGCGCGCCUCAGAAACCCGAGCCGCAACCUCGUGAGGGAGACUCGGCCAUUGUCGCCGGACCUGAAUCUGCCAAGCAGCCUAUUUCACAGCCAAAUGCCAAGCAGCCUAUGCUGAAUGCACAGUACGAGGAUCGGGACCGUCGGUUGCAGGCAGAAGGCCGGACGCUCAAAGACAUCCAACCGGCCAUCAGAGAUACGUGGCGCCCAACAAAGCUCGAUGAGAACGGCAUGCGCACUGAAUCCGGCGCGAAGCACACGCUGCAGAUUGGCCAGGAGAACCCGUGGGCGGCUUCGGCCGAGCCAAAACUCGCGGCUUCGCAGCAAGCGGCCUCUGUUUCGAGUGGCGCGCCGUCUGAGUACGGCCCACCGGUUCGUGAUAUGGCAUCGGCGUCGGUGCUGGGCGCACAGGCGGCAGCGGCCCAGCAGGCGAGGGGUUCGCGCUUCUUCCCGUCUCGGGACGCCCGUCCGGAAACGAACCGCGAGGUCCGCCAGGAGACGAGCGCAGAAGCGAUGCGGCACUCAUCCCCUUCUCCGCCUCCUCCCGAUAUGGCCGGCCAUCCGGCCUUUGAUGGCGACGCGACGCACCCUCAUGUGUCAUUGCCGCGGCCCCAGCCUGUUGUGCGUCUUCCACCAUCGGCGGCCAAGGACGUGCCGGCGACUGCGGCCGAGACAACCAAGGCUUCGCUCGGACAGUCGAAGUCGCAAGGGCCGGACUUUGCAUGGGCAUCGCAGCCGGCAUAUAGGGAGCACGACCACGGGGCGCGCAGCCAAGUUCAGAAGCCGGACAACGUGUGGCAAGCGAAGAUCGACAACCUGCUGGGCGGAAGGAAGGUGCAUCCGCCACCCAGGACCACCGGAGCGGACGGCGGUAACCGCAUUCCCCAUCAGCUGGCCGAGCCUUCGCCACCCUCCGCCCCGGGUUCCUCGGUCACCACGAAGGGUAUGGCUGAGGAAUGCUUCGAGGAGCAAGAAAUGGGCUCGGUGCCGGCUGUGCGGCUUCCCAAGACGAUACCGGAGAUGGCGUGGCAGCCCAGCCCGCCGGCGAAGCCGCUGCCCAAGAAGCUGCACGCAAUCGUGUCAAGCGCGGAACCUAUCACGUUCCCCGCUGACGUGUCGGGCGCGGGGAUGGUAUGGCGGAUUUGCCUUCCGGGCACUGAGAGCCGGAACAUCACGGUUCCAUUUGGGCGGACUCGAAGUAACCCGCGUCGUGGCGGGCAGCGAGGCGGACGUCACGGCGCGCCGGGUCCGUAUCGGCAGGGCAGAGUCCGCGAAACGUCUGCCUCAUACUCGACAGAGCAAGGCGCAGGUAGCGGUGGCUCCGGAUCCAACCCCCAGCACGGUAGGAACCACCGAGGAGGCUACCGGGGGCGCGAUCGCGAGAACUGGUCGCGGAGCGCGACAAACCCAGUUCAGACCUAA